AUGCCGUGUCACUGCUGCGUACCAGUGUGCCGACAGCGUGGCUACUUGGACGAGAAUGGACAAAAGGUGAGCUUCCACAGAUUUCCCAAGAGCAUUCAGAUUCGGAAACAAUGGAUCGUCGCUAUUAAGAGAGACCCAGGCAAGGAGUUUAGAAUCAUUAAAAACACAAAAGUGUGUUCACUCCACUUCCGAGAUGAUGAUUUCGUGAAUAAUGUCGCAAGUGGCUUGAGAAUACUACGAGACAACGCUGUUCCAUCGGUUUUUGCGUUCAGCAAACCAAAGAAACAGAGAAAGCCACCGAAAUCAAGACCAUUCGUGACAGCAACAACUGUGCAACAGUCACUGUCCUCAUCGCAGCCGCUGUGCGCUAUCGAAAACCUCGAAAACUUGCUGGAAGUGACCCCUGAGCCCUGCCCACCAGAACCAUGCAGGUGCAACAGCCAUGAAGAGCUGCAGCAAGUAAAGGCAAAACUGGCCCAGAGAGAGACAGAAAUAACAAAGCUUCAACGUGAAUUGGAAGGUGCUCGUGCAACAAUAACAGAUAGAAAUGACGAGAUAAUGAAGAUACAAGCGGAACUUAAUAACAUGACGAAAGAAUGUGCUAGUCUCCAGCAGCUAGUCGCUCCCUUCUCCUUGGAGAAAUUCAAGAGCAGCAAGGAUGACAUAAGUUUCUACACCGGCCUCCCAAGCUAUGAAAUUUGA